AUGUCUUCAGUUCAUGGGAAUAUGCGCGUCGGGGAUCUGAAUCAUUUCCAGAUGUAUCACGAAGGAUCUCUGCAGAUGAGCAGCAUGGUGAACUCAGAUUAUGGAGCGUCGGACGUUGCAGACUACUACAGCUCUGCAAACUCUGUGCAGAGGGCGGACAAAUGCGUGGCAAUACUGACCCACAGGAGGAAGAGGACCAACUUCACCCAGCAGCAAAUUGAGGUGCUGGAGAAAGUUUACUCUGACACUAAAUAUCCUGACAUCUACCUGCGGGAGAGACUGGAGGCUCUGACCGGCCUACCGGAGUCCAGAAUUCAGGUGUGGUUUCAGAACAGAAGGGCCAAGUCUCGUCGCCAAGUUGGCUCAUCAGUGUCCAAGAAGGUCGCCAACCCGCCAGCAGCUGGCCCCUUCAGCCAAAUCAAGAGCAGGAUGGGCGCAGAGAAAGUUUAUGACAGCAAUCAUGGAGCUGAGGCACACAGGAUAGGAGGUUUUGGACUGGAAGACAGUUUCAGACCUACAAUGCACCAUAACACAGAGGAUGCUCACAGAACCAGUAUACCCACCAAACCCAGCAGCUAUGAACACACAUUCGUCUCCUGCAUCUACGACAAGGAGGGAACCAGAGUGAAACCUGAGCAGAUGCAACGGCACGAGCUGAGUGUUAAUGUCCCAUGCUGCAAUGUCCAUCUGUAUCCCAAAGACAAUGAGCACCACGCCAAGCUCGAAGCGCACAUGACUGACAACCGGGAUCCAAAGGUUCUGGUGGAGUACGACAAUUUCCCACCAAACAAGACCAUUGGACCAGAGAUGAAAGUCGUGAUUCCUCCCAUUCCGACCCAGAAUAACUUCAGCAGGUCGUCACCAAAGGACAACGGAUGCCAAGUCCAGUAUCCACAUGUGAGGGCCACAGGAGACAGGUUCAGUCACUUCUCCCCAAUCCACGCCACUGAGGCACAGGACUUUACCGACUCGGACUCUGACUGGGAAAACGAGGCCAUGGCUGGCUUUGGUGGUUUUAUGUGA